UUGCAGCGAAGAAGAGUUCAUCAGUUUGCCAAGAACUCUUUACCUAUCAAGACAUUCAAGCAAGACGCGUAGAAAAGAACCAAAGCCAAGCCAAUCAUAUCAAUCAAAUCUUUUCCGAACAUAUUUAAAACACAUCCGCCAUCAUGAGCAACAUCAGCAACGACAGUGGAUUGGAUGACUCCGCGAACAGUGGAGCCGUUGUGAGCGCCAAUGGACCCUUGGCAGCGACUCGGUUAUCCUGGUUCCUGGCCGAAGUCGAUGACGGCUUAAUGAAGGAUGGGAAGCCAAAUGGCCGGCGCCGACUCUGCGUUCUCCAUUCGAUGGAACUCCUGGAGUCAGAUGUAUCGGACAAGUACAUGACCCGAUUCGUUGAAUUUCGCGUCAAUGGAAUGGUGCUGGAGGCGAAACUCAUACUGGCAGCGGAUGAGAGGCGCCUGGUGGAUGCAGCAUUGCUGUCCAUGAGCAAGGAGGAGAGGGAAGAUGCCGGAGGCCAGCAACUGUUGGUCCAGUACACUGAGAAUGAAAAGGCGGGCGAGCGCCUCAUCCAGAAACUUGUUUCUCCAAACGAUGUGAUGUUGCUGAGCACCAAUCCCGAGCUGAAGGGUAAUCCUCUGGUGAGCUUGGCUCCCGGCUGCAUUGCCCAUAUCCUAUAUGCCUACGAAAGCCGUGAUUAUAUGGAAAAGAUACUACUGCACCUGAAAGCGCGCAGCUUUGAUCUCGCCUUCGAUGAUAAUUUGGAAGCUGAACCAGAGGCCAUGAAUGAUGACACUUGGAUGCUGGUGCAAUACAGUCCCGAACCGGAGAUGGUGGUAUACCAGGUGGUGCAGUACAGACAAACCGUGUGGAGGAAAGAGAAUCUCUUUAAGGACGUGAUUGCCUACAUGCAACUUCCUGGUAGCGACAUCGUCCUCCAGGCGGUGGUCAUCAGCUAUGGCCAGGACAAAGAGGUCCUGAACGCGAAGUACGAGGAGUUGCGACGAUUCCCAUUUGAUAUUGACUUUCCACUGCCCGACGAACUGGAGAAGCACCCCGAUCACAUGACGUCCACCGCCCUCUUCUCGCGAACCAGCUUGUACCAGAAGGCGGAGCAGCGGGACACUACUGGAGAGCACAAGGAGUUGCGAAAAAGUCUGGAACAGAUGAGUGAGAAGGCGCAGGGCGAGGCCCAAAUGAUCAUAGAUGCCUUCGACAUGGUGGACAAUAUCAACAAGAAUCUGCAGAGUCGUUUGUCCGGAGAGGUGCGAUCGGUAGUGGAGGUCACAUCCGGAGACGAACUUCAUUAGUUGGCAAACACAUCACAUUUACUUUAUAUAUAGUCAACUAAGUUUCGUUGAAAGUUAAAAACUUAAAUGGUAAAUAUUAUUAGGCUAGAAUUAAAUACCAAUUGUAAACUAUAUAUUAAGGAAAUCUGAAUAAAUAUAUAAAGAUCUGCAAAUGAUAAACGUA